AUUGGCUGCUUUACAGUACAGGGCUUAAAAAAAUCUGUGAUUGGUUGCUAGGGUAGAAGCGGGUAGAAGUUUCCAGAAACGGGUGGAAAAUAAAAAGGGAAAUUUGAGUUGGAAACGAGGUGGGAGAGAUAGAUAGAUAGAUAGAGCGAGCAGGUUUAAUGUGUCGGUGUGUUUAUGUAUAUAUAUAAAAAAAAAAAAAAAGAAUCAGCAUUGGUUGAGCGGUUGUAAAACAGAAAUUAUAUUUAUGUAAAAAAAAAUAUAUAUACAUUCAUUAAAAAAAAGUGUUUAGAAAGGACGGUUGACAACGACUGGGAAUUCAUUAAUUCUGGUUUGUGCUCCAGCUGAAAACAUGGACGGCGUGACUGUGAUAACAAACCCGACUGUUUCGGUUCGGGUAACCAGCACUGCAAAUUCCUUCGAGGCUCUGCGCAGGUUUAAUAGAGGGAUCACCAUCGCAGAAUUUAAGUGCAAGUUGGAGCUGGUUGUUGGAAUCCAGGCAUCUUGCAUGGACCUCCAGCUCUUCAGCUCCACCGACACGUUCCUCCAGAAACUAGACGAUAACGAGGCACUGAUGGGGUCCUACCCUGUGGACGACAACUGCAGAAUACAUGUGAUUGAUAAGAGUGGGAGCCAGUCAGGGGUGUUUGAAGACCUGUCAGCGGUGGAGAAAUUCGAGCUCCCAGAUGAGGUUUAUGAUAAGAGAUCAGAGUCAGUCCGCUCGUUCCUGAAGAAAAAUAAGGCGGGGCGCUUCAACGAGGAGAAGGCUGCCCAGAAGGAGGAGCUGCAGGUGCAGAGGGAUGCCGAGGAGAAGCUCCUGGCAGAGGCUCUGUCCCCGGGGUUACGCUGUGAGGUGCAGGUUGUGGGGCAGCCCACCAGGCGAGGCACGGUCAUGUAUGUGGGUAACACUGAGUUUAAACCUGGCUACUGGGUUGGCGUCAAAUAUGACGAGCCUCUGGGAAAGCAUGAUGGAAGUGUAAACGGAAAGCAGUAUUUUGAGUGCCAACACAAAUACGGGGCCUUUGUGAAGCCGCAGUAUGUCACAGUUGGAGAUUUCCCAGAGGAAGACUAUGGACUGAAUGAUGAAAUGUAACGGGUGGCUUACGUUGAUUCCAGGAGGAUGAUGCUACCCAGUGCGGAGUCGCUGUCAUGAAUCUCUCCAUUGUCUCAGUCUAACUGUUCUUGCAGAGCUGGUUUACAGAGGAGACAUCAAUAUCUGUCUUAUCAUUUUGUACAUUGAAACCUUAUGAUCUUUUCUCCAUAAUAUUGAAAUAUUUUAUUGAAAUCAAGCUCUUUUUUUUUUUUUUUGUCUCAAAUGUUGGCGAUGGGACAUUAGAAAGACUUAUUUGAAUUUUUUAUUUUUUUUCAGUGAUCUGUCAACUAAUUUAUAUAUUUAGGUAAAUGCUUGAAUGAUAACAUAGAUGCAAUUGUACAGUAUUUGCUGUGGAAAAUGAAACUGCAAGGAGGUUGGACAUCUAUAAUAAUAAGUGUACUUGGGUAGCUUUCUUAUUUGUUGAUCUGAGUGACCAGACUUAAAGUGUAUACAGUUCUCUAUGUAAGCCAGCAUAUGUAUUUUGUUCCAUUUUAAGAUGACAUUAAUUUUUUUCCAUCCUGGCUAUUAAACACUUUAGCCUAAAGCCCUUUCAGCAAUCUUUUCCCCCUUAUGUGUAUUUUAGGCAAGUGGUAUAAUAUAAUGAAAAGCAAAGGGAUUUAGUAAAAUCUCAGACUUUUGCCUCCUUGUAACAUGAAUCAAUUGAAAUUUGAUCACAUAUUACAAACCUGACGCUGACCAUUGUUUUUCAACCUUACCCCUGUAUUUUGUAGGCUGCCCCUCAGUUGUAAGAAUGAAGAUGUUGGUCAGUGGUUUUGUUGUAAUUCAACGCCAAUUUGAGAAAUCAGAAGUUAAUGUUGAGCAAUAUGCAUCUUUUAAUGUGAAGUUUUUACCUCCCACAGCCUGUAACAAACGCCUUGCAAAGUAAUCAAGUUCAGGCUCAUGGGUCCCAUGGAUGUAGCCUUGAUGCAUACGUUGGUCACCAAGGCUCUUGACAAAGGUGUGUUUUGAGUGUUGAUCCACACUUCUAGGAUAUACAUUCUCAACACUCUAUGAAUGUAGUUCUGCCAUGCAUGAGAAUGAUCCCUCGAUUGCACCUGAAGGGGUCUUGGUUGUUUUAUAGCUGUCCUUGUGUGUAAAGCAAUCCCAUGACUCUGAAGGUGAACACUGAUUGGAGGUUGACGCAACCCAGGUAAUUCCCCAGCUGCAGUAAUUAUCCCAGCAGGGUAUAGUUUGAUCAAAUCGCCCCCUAAGAACCGAUAUGGGAUCUGAAAACACUUUUCAGCAGUAAUGCUUUGUCGUCUCAAACGUACAGCAGAUGGGAGUUAAUACAUUAGAAUAACUUGGUCACUUAAAAUAAUAAUAAUAAUAAUAAUUAAAGUGACUUUCUUGCCUUUGUAGUUGUGCGCUUGUGAUCUUGCAGUGUGAUCCACAGAACAAUCCAAAUGAAUUCUUUCAAUGCUCCAAUAAUAAUGCUAAUCCUGUAAUUCCCCAUUAGAUCCAGUACUGUGAGUUGAUGUAUGUACACUUGUUGUGGGCUGAAUUGUACACUUUCAUGGAAGUAUAAAAGGCAUGCAAUAUGAAAAUAAAUGUAAUUAAGAGUAAAUAGAAAAUAAGUAUAAUUGUAGAAAUUGUGUUUUUAGCAUCUUUUAAUUUCCUAAUUUUAAAUAAAUUGGGAUUUACUAUUACUGCACAGAAACUGUGUUAAAACAUACAAAAUGCACCCUGGAGUAAAUGGGGGGGGACACAAAUCUGAUAUGAAUUGAACAGCUUUUUUUAUGUUUUUGUGGCUGGAGAAAUUGUGGAAGCGGGCUAAAGGGUGGAUUUGUUAACCUGUGAUUUUAUUCAAUUAUUUUACAGUUCUGCGAUAUCCUCCUAGAUUAUAUCAACUUUACUGCAAUCUAAAAGGUAGCCUUACAAUGCUCUUAUAAGAUCCAGCUGUGGCCCAGCCGAGUUUUCUACAGGUUGUUCAAAUCAACCGAGUGGAAAUAGCAAUGUUCAAACCACACCCUGGAGGAUUUAUUCAGUGGCAUGUCGCACCGCUUUGUUGUAGCAGAACCAGGAUUAGAAAAGUACCGUUGGAUCAAAUUCUUUAUCUUUUUUUUACAUUUUUUUUAUUUAGCAUUUCUUUUGAAUACUUGAUUAAAAAAUGUAGUUGAGUCUUAUUCUGAAACUUGCUGCUAGUAAUAUUUGAGUGGUUUUGCUCGGGUGCACUUUGUUGUCAGGUAUCGAUCUAAAAGAGCGCAUACACUGUGUAUUUAAAUCCUAAAACGCAGUCAAAAUACGCAAUAGCAGUUAUAGCACUAAAACUAGACUUGUUUUAAAAAUUAGAUGACCGUUUCAACAAGCAAACUUUGAAUUUGUAACACGGAAAAGAUUAAAAAUGUAUUGCAUUGGUUUUUGAAGAUUGCUUUCACCAAAGCUUGCAUAUUCAUGUUCUUGAUGUAACACUUACACAGUUGCAGUCAUAGCAGUAAUAAAAAUGUCAGUUUAAUUGCAAAA